AUAUCAAUUGCUUAAGUUGACGAGGAGAGAAUGUUCAGUCGAGAGAUGAAGUGUUAGUUUGGACAGACUGUCCCUCUUGAAUAUUUAGCGUAAGUAGAUCAUAUUUAUUUUUUUUCAUUUUAUUUUCGUACCUGUUUUUAUUUUUUGUCUCUUUAGUCGAAAUGAAAAUUUUUUUUGAAAUGGAGUGUAACAGUAACUUGAAACUAAAACAAAACGACCAAGUUUUUAGAUAGUUAGCAUGUCGGAAUUGAACUUUAAAACCUUGUGAGGCAGUGACUUUUCGUUUCACCCCAUACGUUUCAUACCUUAUAGGUUACAACAGCCACUGAUUUAGUUCACGAAUUCUCCGUGGAAACAGCCCAACGUUUACCUUCCAUGUGAGAUGUUUUUAUUUUUCUUGUGCCUCGCUUUCUGCUUGGAGGUAACCAGUGCGAAACCAUGGAAGAUAGCUGUUAACGAAAACGGUAAAUAGCCCAAAUUGUUUAGGUAAACAUGAUUACUCUUCGUAUUGAUAGAGCGUAAUAAAUUCUUUGUUCAUCGUAUUUUCCGGGUCGGCAUGUGGUACCAGUUCUUUUAAACCGUACAAGGAAAUAAAGGAAUGAAAAAUUUCUUCUCGAAAAGUUUUAAAUAUUUUUAUUUUUUAUUAAAUGUGGCACAUGAGUUGGGUUGAGGUUCUUUCAGUAUAUUGACCGUUACUUGAUUAAUUCUUUGCUUCACGCUUCAAAAUAAAGGCCGGGUAAUUUUCAUGAACGAGAGAACUUCAGCUCUGAGUUUCUAGUCUAUUUUAAUAGAUUUGCAUAAUGCGACACAACUAUUGAUCUUAAAAUUAUGUAAGUGUUAUAGGUAGGUUUGUAGGAAGUUUAUAGGGAAACUGCCUUUUGCUUUUUCAUUAAAGGAUUCUCCCGAACAGGUUACCUUGUUAGGCUCAGGGGCGCAUGCGCCAAUUUUCAGCUAAUUGUGUGAAUCAUCUGAAACGACGAAUGUGACUGUUUGUAACUUACCCCAUUUGACAGCCUAUCAGGUAAGCUGAUUGGCUCUUGUUCGCAUGCGCACUGCCCUAUUCUCCUAGACUACCGAGUCCAGUUGUAUAAAGGGCGGAUAAAACUAUCCAACGGAUAAAUCGCUAUAAGUAAUAGCAAAAGUAUAGCGUUCCCCACCGGAUAGAGAUUUAUCCAGUGGAUAGCGUUAUCCAAUCUUCGAACAACUGGGGCCUGUUGAAAAGUGCGCAACCUCAGCUCACAUGUGUGCGACCUUUGCGUGUUGACACGUGUGCAACCUUUAUUGACGCGUGUGCAACCUUCGUUCACACGUGCGAAAAAUUCCCAAGGGCGCGCACGACCUUCCUUCACACAUGGGCUUAUAGGCUUAGGAUUACACUCCUAAAUUUUCCAUCUUUAAUCCUCAUUUUAGAUAACCCUGAUGGCCUCAAAAAAAACACGAUUUUAGAUCAGAUCGAAGAAGCUAACGAAGGUAAGACUGUGUUUCUCUGAUCUAGCUUUGGUGUAAACAAAAUGUUUAAUAUCAUUUGUUCCACAUCCACUCAGAGGACCACGUUGAUAAGAAAGUCAAAAACAUUUUCGAGGCUGACAUAGAGCUGACUAAAAGUGACAGAGCGGGCGUGGACACCAAGAAUCAGAACUCUAAAGAUAAUGCAGAUGUUGAUGUAGACAGUGUGCUUACCAAGCGCAAGGCCAUCAGUUCCCGGCGACAUCUAUGGGUGACUAAGGAGGUACCUCUUGAGCUUGCGGUAUCCGCAAGUAAGUUAUCACAAAUUGUCCUCACUUAUGACUUAAGAACCGGGCCAAAUGAGGUAAAAGCGGAGAAAUCGUUGGCGGCUAUAAAAGUUAUAACAACAAACUUAUAACGUUUUUACUCCCCCUACAGAUCAAAACUUAUUCCCUCUGACGAAGGGCUUAAGUGGCUCAAAAUGGCGGACAAGCCAAAGAAAGAAAAAAACAAAGCGAUUUUGCAAUGAAUACUCAACAUAAACCCUCGUUAGAAAGGCGAAUCCACGGAGGAAAGAUACAAAACUGUAUGAUACUGAGAUCGAUAUGAUAUUAAAUCGAUACCGAAAGCCCGUUUCCAACUUUCUAAGAAGCGCAUUUAAUUGCCUUUCGCCACGAUCACUAGCUUUCUUUACAGCCUUCUGAAGACAGAAUACUUUCUUUCUGAAGACUUCUAAUGUGCGGCUAUUGAUUAUAACACCUUGUAUACCUGAUUGCUCAAACACUUUGUUUACGAUUGUUGAAAGGACCGACUCAUGGUUCUCCGUCUUCGUCUUUACAUUGCUUUGAAAUAGUAUAGAUUAGUAAGCUGAACGAAAAACUAAUCAGGGAUGUUUACGAAAAAUCCAGCAAACAAGCUUAAAAAAGGCAUUUAUUUAGACUUCGUACUUCAACGAACUUCACAAAUCUUACUUGUUUAUCUUGUAAGUAAACGAUGGCAGACUAAUUCCCGAAGCGCUUUCUGAGUUUCCCGAUCCCUCUCCUACUGCUUUCACGCUUACAAAACAGGAAAAAAUCAAAAGGAGGAAGAUACAGCUGUUUUGAAACGCCAUUUGACGAGGAUAAAUUUGCUUUUUGUUCGACACUUUACAUAUCAAAACAAAGGAAAUUUGUUCCUCUUUUUGAUUCUGGUUUUUAAUUUGCGCCUGCGUAAAAGAGAUAUCGCCCGAGACCCUUCGCUCGGUCGUGUUUUGAUCAAAAACGCCUUGUUAAUUUCACGCAACCGCUCGGAGAAAAGGUAAAAAUGACGAGGGAAAAACUUUACCUUCAAGUUAGAAAAUUAGCGAAAUAGAAAGCCACAAUAUUAUAGUUUAAUAUUUCAGAGGUACAUUGAGUGCUUUUUCCGUAGAGAAUCCGCACAAUGGUAAAACAUUCGAAAAUUACACUCGAUUUGAGUGGGGUGUUGAAGUGGGCGUGGUCACUACAUUCAUUUUAAGACUAUUUGUACCCCAUGAGUUUGAUAUGUUAAGAAAAUUAUCCCCUUUUAUCAGUAAAAAGACAUUGUUAUGUUUGCGCAUGAGAACAAUUUGUAACAAAGAGAUGUAGGCAUUAGCGAGGAGAAUCUAGUUUCAGACUUUGGGAGGGAAAGGAUUAAAAGGAGAGAUGAGGAAUGCUGGCCUGAAAGCGACUGUAAAAUUCGUUUGAAAAAACACAAACCACAUCCUUUUUUUUCUUAACCCAAACAGAAGAUGGUUAUAACAAUAUUAGGGCGGCCCUAGGCGAAAUUCAGUCAAAAUCGUGCAUUCGAUUCAGGAUGAGGGACAAAGAUGACGAUAACUGGAUACGUUUUGUUAAUAAAAGCGGGUAAGUAGACCAUUAGAGAAUAUUAGGAAAGAGACUCAGUCAUUCUCAAUUCACCUAGUCCAUAGCGAGAUAUUUUUUGUGCCAUAAAUAAUUGAGGAGUCCUACAUGUCACGACUACAACGCCGGCGUAAAUGGGCUUUCAUUUCUCCUAAAAAUUUGGCCAGUUGCGUGAUGCAUUUACCGUUUCUGGCAGUUUAAGAUCAUUCCCCCCCCUAAAGAAGAACAUGCCUGAGAAUGCAACUUUGAAUUCAAGUUGAAACUUGUCUAAACUACCGUUCUAGUUACCGUCCCAGCUAUGGUUUCAUAGAACUCGUAAUUUUUUAUUUUUUUUAAUACCUCGUCUUGCCUUUGGGCUUCAUUGUUGGGCCUAACACUGAAAAUUACGCAAGACUUUUGACGAAAAUAUAAAAAAGAUCGUAACUGUGUUUUCAUUUUUUCUGAAUUCCGAAGAAGCAAACUUUCUACCUAAGACGACUCAUUUGCCGUAUAGAUUAACAAAACUUGUCAUAGAUAAUUGCUGAAGCAGAAACUCAAGAUUAGAAUGUCCAAUGGUGGAGUUUUUUACGAAAGCAAAGUGGAACAAAAUAUCUUUCAGUCGACACCAGACUAUUUUGAACACUUUAAUCCACGAAUCUCAGCUUAGAUGCUACACACCACAUACAGAAACUAGCUCUCUCAUUCAACUACUGAAACACACUCUUCAAAACUUCGUGGUCUCUGGUACACAUCAUGUCAGAAACACCGUUCAGUUCUUCUCUUAGAAAAGUUUUCGUUCUUCAAAGAGUAGCACGGGAGUUCUUUCUACUAACUCCUUCCUCAAGAAGCCAAACACUGUUACGUCACUUUAGGGCAUGCGCAUUUGCUUUACAAAAACGUGUCGCGUUUCCCCCGUAUACUGUCUACAGAAACUCGUUAAAAGAGCAUCUGUGAAGGAAAACUCGCUUGUUUGAAUGCUGUUUACGUUGUUAUGAGCCAAAACAUUCGGUUGCAUGACGCUUCCAUCCUGUCUGUCAGUUGCUUUUCACCAGUUGGCCGUCAAUAUGCCUCACCCGGAGCGCAGGAGCUGUCCAUCGGUAUAGGAUGUAACCAUAAGGGGAUUAUUAUGCACGAGUUGCUGCACGCGCUUGGCUUCUGGCACGAACAGUCCAGGUCAGACAGAGAUGACUUUCUUGAAGUGCUCUGGGAGAACAUCCAGAAGGGUAUGUAUCUAUGAUUGGUUUGAUCCUUUCACUCCCAGGAGUGACUUGUUAGUAUUUCUACUUUAUAAUACCAGUGCGAUGCUAGGGAGAAAGAUCACGAGAAAAGUAACAUUAUGGACAAGAAGUUACCUGUACUCUCUGGAGUGGCAUCAAAUGCUCAGAUUUAAAAUCUGUAUGAAAUGUGUUGCAGACAAUACGAAAAUUGUUAUUAAUAGGAUAAUACUAAUAGUAGUAGCAAUAAUAAUAAUAUUAAUAACAAUACCAAAUAGUUAUACAAGGCAGUUGUAGUAGAGAAUCCCAGAUGCCAAUAGGAUACAGGAAAAUAGUGUUUACGCUCGUGCAAAGGGACGAGAGAAAUAGGAAAUUCACUUUUUAUCGUUUAUUUUUUUCCAGGGCAAGAACAUAAUUUUAACCGCUACAAACCAAAGGAUAUGGAUUUCAAUGGUGGCUCUUACGACUUUUCGAGUAUUAUGCAUUAUGGGAACUACGCAUUUUCCAAAAACAAGAAACCAACCAUGUUGUCUGUAAAGGAUCCGACACUACAGUUCGGGCAAAUCGCUAAACUGAGCCCAACAGAUGUAAUACAACUUAACAAUGUAUACGACUGUAAAUGUGAGUGACUUCAAGAAAAAUAAGAAAUCACAAGUAUAUUUGCAAACCAAAAAUACACGACACAAAGUUCAAUUACCUUUACAUCACAUCGAUUUUGAAAUAUCACAAUUUAAUCACACAAAUACAAAUAAUCACUACAGAUGUUAUAAAAUUUGCAUAGAUUACCCUUUUAGUGUUGCUUCCUCAUUGGUUGGGAAAUGGAUGCGAUUUGCAAAAAAAAAAAUUGUGCAAUUCGUGAUUAAAUCACAUCGCUGAGAGCUAAUCAGAUUGCAAGGAUCACCAGCGAUUUCAAAAUGAGUGUAAUGAACCCGGAUUACAAAUGACAAUAUGGACGAAGUCAAAGCUUGAUUUAUAUGAAAUAUUUCAAAAUGUUCGGUGCGUGACAUAGAUACUUAAAAUGACGUAUUGGAUGGCACAAUUACUUUAUUGGUACACGUCUUACCCUAAGACUGGCUUGGAGCAUCAGGUUUUAAGAAUGAAGAUUGAAAGCUACAGAGACUUCACCAACUGUUUUUGAACCUUUUAAAAAAAUAAUAUUGCGUUGUUUUUAUUUCUGAAAGCCGACAAAAGUCGUGGUUGGAGUAAUUGGGGUAACUGGGGACCCUGUGACAAGAAGUGCACAAGGGAGAGAGAAAGAUUCUGCUCAGCAAAGAAACUGGAAAAAUGUCCGGGAGCAACAAAGAGAUACAGAAUUCAACUGCAAAAGGGAAAGUGCCCUUUCAAGGAAUGCUAUGGUGAGUUUUGAAGCCUCCACUGAGGUGAGAUCUAACAAUAAUUUUCGAAAGCUUCUUAGAGUCUAUUGAUUUCAAUGAUCAUUUUUUUGGUUGGAAUGUCUUCCUCUUAUGUAGCUCCAAUCCAAGGCCACUGGGGCAGGUGGGGUCCUUGGAGUCAAUGCUCUCGGACAUGUGGCCAGGGUUACCGUAGAAGGUCCCGGCAGUGCGAUGACCCGAAACCUAUGUAUGGUGGAAAGUAUUGCAAAGGAAAUCUCGUCGAAAUUCGCCCCUGUCAGUUAAAGAAGACAUGUAAGUGAAAGCCCCAUAAGAUGUAGGGUACUUUCCAGCUGAGUGUUGAGUCCGGUGUUGCAUCUACUAUAUGUUUUGUUUUUCUUUGCCAAGGCUCUGUGGGUUUAUUCUAAGUUCUCAUGGGUACUUUAAAUGUUUUUCUACGAUUACUCUUAUGACUUUCGUGGUAACUUUAGCUUUGGUUUUGAGAUAUCAUAUCUCUUAAUCGUUUAAUUCCCAAGAUCUCAUUAGUAUUUCUCCUUACUGUUUCCUAUACAGUUCUUGUGACGUUAGUUGGGAGAAUUUGGUAUUGGAUCAACUUGUAAUCCCCUAAUUGAUAUUUCUCUUUAUACUCAUCACUUGCCUGCCCUGGGGGGGAGAUAAGGGGUGGGGGGUGGGGAAAGGAGGACAUGGGACAACUCACAGCUAUUAGGAAGCCAGAUUUCUUGUGGUCUGUUACAUAAAUGAAAUGAAAUUUGGAAAAAAGCUAAUUUGUGCUGAAGGUAUCGUAGAUAAGGCUAAUCUGUUAUUGACGUUCACAACUUAUUUUUAGGUGGGUGGUAAUGGAAAAGAACCCGGUAGUUUCCAAGCAGAGAAAUGACCAAUGGCUGAUGUUUAAUCAAUUGAGUGCCAGUUAAGGAAAAACCAACCAUGACAGUUAUCGUGGUACUGUGGAUUAAAUAAGACAAACACACAAAGUUUUAUCUAACCUAUCCACCAGUCUUGGAACAAGUAGACUUCUUUUCAGUUUUAAAUUAUACCAACGCCAGCUUGUUACCUAGGGUGCAAUCAGCCACCACAAAAGAGCCCUUUUCAGAAAUGGCCCGAGAAGAUUACAAAUGUAGCACAACAGACUCGAAUGAUUUAAGUAAGCAUUUUCUCAGGAUGGACAAACCGCGAUGAGGUUGCUAUAAGAUAAAGAGCUUAACACAACGUGUUUACUUUUUUUUUCUAACUGGUGAAAAGUUCAUCAUUUUAAAUAAACAUAAAUUUUUAGGUAUAUUUCCUUCUCGUUGAUUUGUUAUUUUUCGGAUUUCAUGUUUUUGGAUACUAACCUUAUUGAUAACCCCUUUUGAAUGAUAGAGUGCAAUUUUAUCCCUUUCGUUUAAGGGAGAGAGGGUUUUUCCGUUUUGGGGCGUCCUUUCAAUUGUUACUGGACAAAGCAUACGCAAGGGUCGAGAAACUCCUAAGAGGCAGGAAUGAACCACAGGCGAACAGUGAUGGCUAAAGAUGAAGAAACAUUGACAUGGAUUGCAAACGGUGGUAACCCGUGACUCAGAUGGUUUAGAGAUUUAGGUGCCUGAAAAAAAAAAAGAAAAAGAAAAAAAGGUUUUGUGUGAAUCGGCCAGCCACAAAGCGCCUAUGUGGCGCUUUCUUAUCUUUUUUCACCCGCGCGAGAAACGAUUGCGUCAGGCUUAGGUUUUAGAAAUAAUUCAGCCAUCUUCUUCAUUGGCAUUUUGGGAAGAUUUUCUUUAAAUGCUUCGACUAAUUAUCGUGAACUGAUAGGUGUCCAUUGUUUCCUAUCAGCUAAAAAAAGACUUCCAAGUUGUGAUAUAUAAUUGAAUAACAAAAAGCACCCGCAGGCACCUGUUACGAAACAAGUAUACUCUAGUAGCGCGAUUCAAGAAAAUCUUUUACUAAUUUGUGAAUUACUUCAAGCGUCACCCGAUAGCAAAAAAAACACCAUUCUACGGAAUUUCUUCUCUGAUUUCAAAGGUAGGUAGAGUUUUGAUACCAUUUGAAUUUAUUCAUUUCAUGAAUAAGUUCUGGUUACUUUGCUUUCGCCCAAAGUGUGAAAAAUAUCGCCGGCAUGUUGACAAAAAAAUAAACACUUAAUUCACAUCCUGAUAAUAUUCUUAUUAACAACAUAUUACCACUUUAUCAAUGAUAGAAUGAUGUUUAGGAUCUUUCAGUUCCUUUGCAAAGUAUUUUGUUGAAGGAGCCAGAUAAGUGUUAUGAUCGCCAAGAACCAUGUGAUGAUCGAGCAAUGAACAAUGCUUGAAUAAAUGAUAACUUGACACAUGACAAUACUAAGGGCAUAUUUAGUAAAUAAACAGCCUCUUCUUUUCUCUAAAUUUCAGUAUACAAUAACUAAAUGGCCUUUUAUCGAAUUCUCUCUUUGAGUGCUGUUUCUCUUCUCUUUUCCCUUUUUUUCAUCAGCUUUGCUCCUCACAAUUCUGUAAUUAUUCUUCCAGUGAUGCUACUUUAACGAAAAUGACUGUUUGAUUACCUCUCAUUCUCCUGCUGUACAUCUGUUACAACUAAUCAUCUUCAUGAUUUUUUUUCCUCCAGUGUGGACAUGGUCAUUAACGCAUCUAACACCGUUUUGCACUGUUGAUUGGCAGAAACUCUCCCCAAAUGUAGGCAACAAGAUAGCAAGAGGUCGAUUCUGGAAAAAAGAUGAUUUGAAGCAGAAGAACCACUCCUGACAUCAGUUUGUGUUUUAAAAGGUCAUCCAGUCUUUGCUCCCGUUGAUUAGCUAACCAAAAUGUUGCUGGCAACAUUUUUCUUCGGGAUUGCUUUUUGUGUCUCGCAUCCUCUGCAUGGUGAGUUAUUUCUUUUCAAUAAAUGACACAAGCAUUGCUUCAGAAUUUCAUAUCAUCAUAUUUGACAUGCAAUCAUGACGGAAUCUUGCCCCCUUCGAACGACAGGUAAACCUAGGCGCCACCACCUUGUUUUCGAUGGAACGGACAAAACGGUACCACAGAAUCUGACAGAUUCCUCCGUGGUAAACGAAAUCGAGGAGAUUAAUGAAGGUACGGUACUUAUGUUUAAAAUGGUUAGUAACUGCAUCACGAUCUCUCAUCCAUUUCAGUAGAGCGUAGAUCAACUCAGUAUCACCAAUCCAAAACCAAAAUAAUCAAAACAGCCAAUCAUGACAGAGAAAAAUCACACAAGGAACCAGUAACUAAACUGCCUGACACGCGGGAAAACGCCGGCGAGUAGCGUAUGCGAUUUGUUGUGAUUUUGCAUCUGAUUGGUCGAGAGAGUCGCAGGAGUUUUACAGGAGUUUUUUAAUGAGUGCAUUGAAGCAAAACUGAUGACACCAGGAUUGCUAUCCACUUUCCAUUGAAUAUUGCCCUGUCAUGCAACUAAGAGACCUUUUAAGAAGCACACAGCCAAUCAGUGACCUCACAUUUUGUAUUUUGUGUUUCUUCUUUGGCAGAAGAAAACAAGAAUCUCUUCGAAACCGACAUCAAACUCACUAAAAGUGACUUCGACCUGGUAGAUACUAGUGAAACAGGAGAUGCUAAGGGCGCCCAGGUUAAAGUCGAAAAUAUCGAGGAAAAUGCAGAAAAAAGGAAAGGUGUGCGCACGCGUAGAAAGAUCUGGCCGUCUAGGAUCAUUCCAGUGACGGCCACAGUUGCUUUGGGUGAGUGACGUUAAAGAUGUUAAUAUCAGUUUAUGACCGAAAAAAGUGCCGUCUACAACCAAUCAGAUUCGUACAUUUUGGUACCGGUAAUGAUAAGGUUUCUGUUCAAUGUCAGUAUAUGAGCAACUGCGCACCCACUCCUCCCCAAAGUUAACCCUAAUUUGUUAUCAGUUGACUGUUGUCGGGUUAGGGGAGGGGUAGGUGCGUAAUUUCUCAGAUACUGACAUUGAUCCAGGUUUUUUAACAGUUCUGUAAAAGUACAUCAUUAUCUCCUUUGAAUCAGGUGAUGCACUAUAUAAUAUUCGAGCAGCCAUGAAAGCCAUACAAGAUGUGUCUUGCGUGCGCUUCAAAGAUAAGAAGGAAGGAGAUAAACACUGGAUAAGGAUGGUCAAGAAGAACGGGUGAGAGAAAAGUGGAUUUUAGUGACGGAGGAAACAGAACUCAGAGGUGUCUCACUCUAGGAGUAUAAAUACAAUUCGAGAAAUGUUACCCAUAAAAAUCCCCGGAAUCCCCAGGAUUUGCAGGAGACCUCAGAUGACCAUUCUUGAAUCUUCAAAUGAGUUGAGAGGGAUUAUCCUUAAAACAAGCUUUGUAUGGGGGAUCCAGUCUCCUAACGUAGUAACUCGGUUAAGUUAUAGUAAAGUUAGGGAGAGAACAUGAGGCAGCUACGAUGGAUUUGUAUUCCGGCAUUUAUGACAAGAUUUACCUUUGUUAGACGUAUUCGCGGUUAGCUCUGGAUUAAAAGGUUGGGGUCAAUCUCUGGGCAGGUAAUUUUGUUCUUUCCUUGGGGAAGACAUUUAUUCUAGCGGUGCGUCUCUCCAACCGAGGAGUAUAGGAAAGGGAUAUGACAGGGUGACUUUGAAAAAUGUUAGAGGCAACCUGCAGUAGACUAGCAUCUCAUCCCGGGCUAGCAGCAGUAACCCCCCUCCCCUCAUGCUGCGGACACCAUCCGGGGAUAUGUUGGGCUGGAUCGGCCGCUUACCUCUCAUGCAGACUUUAACUUUUACCCAUAAUUAGCGUUCAAGACUCAGAUUGACCAUAUGAAAAAAAAGAAAAAGAGAAUUAUCGCUUUUACUAAAAAUCAUUUUGUGUUGUCUCUUUAGAUGUUAUUCCGUUGUCGGCCGAGAGUAUAGUGUGCCUGGUGCACAAGAGCUUUCCAUUGGAGAUGGGUGUAACAGUAAGGGAAUCAUACUCCAUGAGCUCAUGCAUGCCCUCGGAUUCUGGCACGAGCAAUCCCGCACGGAUCGGGACAAAUAUAUAGCAGUACUAUGGGAAAAUAUUCAAAAAGGUGAGAGAAAAGAUUGAACUAACCAGCCAGAUUUACUUAUUUCAGUAUCCUAUUUUCCUCUUGUUGUGAACUGGUUCUCGCCUCGUGUGACACUUUUGUGUUUUUCCCACAUUUUAACGCCAUCUGUAACUACUACUGAUCGUGAACUGACGGCAACAUGGAUACUUUUUGAUAAACAAACGUCGGGAUUUAAAUAAGCGCCCGGGUGCUUAUCCGAGAAAAUACGGUAUGUUUAAUCAAGAUAAUGAUAUCACAGGUAUUGGUCUUUCCAUAUCAAUUAUUAAGAAACCUUUUGUUUACCAUGCCCUUUCUCACAGGUCAAGAGAGAAAUUUCAACGAACAUUCCGUAAAUGAAGUAGAUUUUGCUGGUGGAAUGUAUGACUUUGAUAGUAUUAUGCAUUAUGGAAACUAUCUGUACUCCAAAAACAAAAAGAUGACCAUGGUUGCACUGAAAAAUCCCAACUUGCUGUUCGGGCAAACACUAAAGCUGAGCCAGACCGACAUUCUACAAAUAAACGCCAUCUAUGACUGCAAAAGUAAGAGUUGUAUUUCUUAGAAACCAUCAUAACUUAAUACCGCUACUUCCCUUUUUUCGUUCUAUCUGUCGUUCCUCUCUUGUCCUGUGUCAUAAUUUUUAACGUGACAUUUUAGGGUUAUUGGUGUCACACAAACAGGUGAGUUACACCUCUGGCAUUUAUAAUUGUUACCGAAGAUUCUCUUCGAAUCUGACAGACAUGAAAACCACAGAUUUUGUCUGACUUUGAAAAACUGAAACUUUCACAUCUUUCAAUUUUCCAAAGUUUCUUUAAGGGGUUGCAAAUGCCGGAUCAUAUCAAAAACGUUGUCACUAUGGUUUGAUGGACAUCGAUUAUAAAGGAAAUUAGGGAAGUCAGCCACACCUAGAAUGUUGUCUUCACAAGUCGAAAUGAACAUUUCUCGAGGGUAUGAAACCCCUUUAAAUAUUUCACAUUUAUGCUUUAACUGAAUUAUUUGACAAUUUUCAAACAGCUCCCAGUGGUCAGUGGAGUAGAUGGACAGAGUGGGGUCCCUGUGACAUACAUUGCACAAUGGUGCGUGAAAGGUUCUGUGCGGCAAAAGACAGGAAGAAAUGCCCAGGGGUAGAUAAAGACGGAAUACAGACUGAUACCAAACGUUGUGAUUCUGAAGAGUGUAAUGGUAGGAUAAUAUAAAUUUCUCUCUAUCUUUAAGACUCAUUUUUGGUCAUCUUUAUUUUAGAAGAAGGAAAAGGCGUUUUGUAAAGAAAUAACUUUUUUUUCGCAAACUAUGAUUUAGUAUACGCGUACGUAUCGUAUCCUGUAAAAUACAUCCUUUGUAAUGACCUGAUAUAGUGGAAGACUGAUAAAUGUGGCGGAACGAAAAAUUAGAAACGACAUUUUGCCGAAGAAAUCUGCACGAAAAAAACAACACCACUGCACGCCAGGAGACUGUCGGUUUAGAGUUGAAUAAUGAGCCAUAUAUCACAGUGGCUAACCCAAUCAAACUGUAGUAUUUAACUAUACGACAUGAAUCUAUGUUUGAUUCCAGUCCCCUUAAACGGUCAUUGGGGACGGUGGGCGGCCUGGAGUGGGUGCAGCGCGACCUGUGACAAAGGGUAUCAAACAAGGUCCCGACUGUGUGAUGGACCGGCACCUCAGUUUGGUGGAGAUAUCUGCGAGGGAUCGCUUGUUGAGGUACAGAUGUGCAAAGGGUACAGACCUAAAUGUAAAGGAAAAAAGGACGGAGCAAGUAAGUAGGAUCAGGCUCAUUUGUUGCUUCUUCUGGCUCUUUGAUUGGUAGAGACAACGCUCGCUAUACGUUCUCUACCAAUCAGAUGCAAAAUUAAAAGAAAUCGUGAUUCCCAUUGGCUCUUUUCAGUGAUAUCAAGCUUUGUUCUGGUUGGUCGAUGCGACUACUUCGGUUUAGGUGUUACGACACCCAGUCGAAAAGCGCUCCUUCAGUGUUUUGACGUGAUACCAUCAAAUACACUCAUUUAUGCACAAACUCGUUUUUUCAUCCUCUGAAACAGUUCCCUUCAUUUCAUGUCUCCUUCGUAGAACAUUUUCAGAGAAUUGCCUUGCCUUAAAAAGACUCGUGUUCAAAAAAAUAUUGCUGCAUGAAAAAAUCGACGCCACCUCAAAAUUCCUUUCCUCCAUAACUUUGGUCUCAUUCUACGAUAACCGUGAAUAACCCGGAGUUCAUAUCGGCCCAUAUGACAAAUUUGCACAAAUAUUAAAUCAUCCACGUUUAUCAAUACACGACAAGAUUACUCCGAGUUUCAUACAUUAGUAGAAUGUAUGUACAAGUAGUUGAAAGGUGGGUCGUGAUUCCACUCGAUCCACUCGUUAUCUCAGUGUCCGUAAGAGCCUAUGUUUAGAUACGCAACGAACUUUGAAAACAGGAAGCCGUGAUGUGUUGAUAUGCGUUCCAAAUUAAUGGUUUUUUGGUGAAUUUUCUUUUGAUUUUUUUUUGUUAGAAAUGUGGCGCAAGCGAACGAGAACGAGAAAAAUCCUUGGGAAGAGAGAUGGCACUUAAAAGGCUUUAAAUAACAUUAUAACAUUAAACUGAGAAACAAAUUAGCUUAUAAGUAAGAUUUAUUAAACCCUUUUGUCAGUUAUAUUGUUUUUUUGGAGUCUUUUAAAAGCUUUUUAAGUAAAAACUAAAAAAAAGGAAUUUGGCCGCCUAGAAGUUUCGGUUCGGUUCAUAAACAAGAGACGCAGCACGUGAAGCAACAACAGAAUAAAAGAAUUUGAAACCACUUACUGCAGCUACAACAGAAACUAUAUUGGAUAAAAGCACCCUUCAUUGGUGUUUUCUUUUUAACAGAAAUAACGCCAAGUAAAAAAUUUAAAACAUUCUCCCCGUAAAGUACAAAAUAACCCCCCACACACACCAGGUCUAAACUGUCAGAAAACUACAGUCUUCCACUGAUUUUUCGCAAUCAAGGAUUCGUUUUAAGACAACAGCUUGGUUGAAAGAUUGCACUUAAAAUUCACCCCUGAGACAGUAUAUAAAAGACUUUUAAAUCCAGUGAGAUUCGUAUUGUAACUUUUGACAGGUACUCCUGCCAUAAUUUACCAAAUUUAACCCUUUACAAACUAACAUCAAUCAAUGCAUCCUCUCUUGACUGUUCUCCGUACAUUUCCUGAGGUGCUGACAAUGAGAAUUCGCUCAAAUUAACAGCUUCUUUAGCUGGUGAUCAUUUCCUUUAUUUUCGUGACCUCAAAGUGUGAUUUAGGGGUGAUACAGUAAUUAGAAACAGGAUGCUUUAAUCUGCGUAAUUAUCAAAUCAGUGUUAGCAGGAGAAAUUUAAGCUCUUUUCCAAGAAUGAUGAUAAAUUAACGAAAUUUUCGACCUAAACAACGUUGCUGAAAGAAAAUAUCACAUGGUAAUUUAAAACCUGAAAGAAAGCUCUUGUUUAUAUGUACUUUUUGAUCGAAGUAAUUCAUAGAUCAUGAUCUCUUUAAUCUACCGUUUAAUCUUCUCAUUAAAUAACAUUAUUUUAUGGACUCUCAUCACGAUCUUGUUUAAAAUCAUUGCACUUGAAGUGUUCAGGUUAAGCACGUGUCGGUCUGCCAUUCUUAUCGACAAGAAUGCAGCAAAGUGCUAGAAAGCGUGGAAUGCACAGCGCGGAAUUCUGGCGACCUCAAGGGAAUGCCUGCAUUAAAACAGACCUCAGCCAAAGCCAAGAUUAGCGGUCUUUCGACAGAAAUGCACACACCGACCGGUAAGUCUCUACGAAUUUUUGCCUUCCUGCCUCCCAUUCGGCAACGUAACCUUUAGCUUACUGCCAACUCUACACUCGGCCUAAUUGCACACAGCUCGUCGCUCAUUGCCUCGUCCGACCUCUUCCUCAUAACUUAUUGUCGAGAUGAAAAUGAUUUAAUAUUCAGAAAGACAGAGGUGACAUCCAUUUACACUCUAUCUGUUAGCCAGCUUUUUUUAAAAAAAUUUUUAUUUUAAAGCGUGUUUUCUCUAAAACUGAAUUUUACGGAGCAAGUCGCCCCAAAACCUAACGUUAUAAGAUCAUAAAAUAAACACUGUAAACGGUUAGCUUUUCACCUUCAGAAUAAACCUCGAGCAACUUCUGAAGCCGAUAAAAUUUUGGUAAAAUGCGAGGAAAUACGUUGCUUUUCAAGGAGUAUACGCUGAAUAAAACUUAAUAGAAGCUGGUGAACGUUUCUAAAUUAUUCCAAGCCAGAUAAAUUCCGAACUGAAGCGGAGCCAUGCACCUAAUUACUAGGUCCUCAUCAUUUGUGUUUGUUUUCGAAUACAUCCCGAACAGGUUCUGCGAACAUAGUAAUGCGAUCAUGUCUUCGAAUGGACUCUCGUUUCUCAGAAGGCAAAAUGCCAGGAAAUUUCUUAAGAUCUUGUUUUUUGUCAUCCGAAGAUGAGACAUUUUACCCGAGAAAGUGCGAAAAGCCAAAAAAUUCGGAAGAUCUUGUCCGUCACCCGAAGAUGAGCGAUCGAUCUAUCCGAGGACAAAACGUUUUCUAAUAACAGGUCGAAAAUCGAAGAAUUUUCAAAGAUAUUGUCUGGUACCCGAAGACGUCCGAUCUAUUCCGGAAAUCGAUAAAUCUCCGACGACGUUGCCGUUCAUUCGUAAAUGGCCGAUAUAUCACGAUCAACCAAAAUCCCCAUUGUUCGUCCGAAGAUCUGACCUAUCACCCGAAGAUGGCCGAAACAUGCGAACGAUUGUGCGACACUAUCACCGGACAGACAAAGAACACAUGUUUUUAGCAGCAAGCAGGAGACAGGUGCCAACACAAUGAACCCGCAGGUUGAGGUUUAAAGAUUAAAUGAGAUUUAUAUAAAUUUUAAAAGACGAAGAUGUCUGAUGGACUUUGAUGCGAAACAAUUUCCGAAGACUUUCUUCAGAGAUGUUCCGAGGAAACAUUGUGCUCGUAUUCAUCAUAUGGUUAUGUGUCACGUGUUUUCCCUUUGCUUCAGGUUAGUGAUUUGCCAAAUUUAUUUGAUCAGACAAAAUAGAGAGCUGCUGUAAUUUAAAAAUCAGAACUGAACAACACAAGAAAUCAAAUUUCGCUAAUCAAACAUAGAAACAAUAAUAUAAGUGUUACAAUUGUUUAAGUCUGGAUUGGGAAUUUGAACGUUCGCGGUAGUGAUUUUUUGUUACCGCGUUAGUACAUGCACAUCUAUCGAUCACUGUGUUCAUGCUCAUUACGCUCAGUUGUGGUUCUAUAUGUUGUAACUGAUAGUCACUCCUCUUACAGGCAAUCCAUCCAUGAAUGGAGCAGAGACAAAAUCUAUUGAAUCAGAAAAGCCAGAUGAUGCAGUCUUGAAUCACAUAGAAGGGCUGAAUACUGGUAUGGUUCAAUGAUUUAUAAACAUCAGGCAUCAUGGAAAUUCUCAAUAUCAUAUUCUUAGCAAUUUCCUUAAUUUCAGGUAAAACUUCAAUGUAGCCAUGUAUGUGAAGCAGUUUUUUUCUUCAAAUCACCUCAGAAUUACAAAUCUCUUUUCUGAAUUUCUUGCCAAGUAUUAUAUUUAAGUGUGCCAGUGAGUAAGUUCUUCUGGUCGUGAACCAUGAGGUUUAAACGUAUGGAAAAAUGCUCUCAAGUUUACAUGUUUCUGUGGUAAAAAGAAAGGAGAAAACGAAUUCAACACUAAACGGGAUUGAGUGCACGGCCUAAAGAUCAUGCCAAAGAAAUUUUGAUUUUCAUGAACAAACCAAUGCCUUGUGAACAUAAUAGCUUUUCAAAGGAUCAGUCAGAAAUGAGGAUUUGCUCUCAGCUCGCGAGACCAACCGCAGGACGAAAUUGGAUGAAACAAAUUAGUUUUCGUCCUCUACAGGUGUUAAUGGCAGACUGUACGAGGCAGAUAUUGUUUUGACUGAUGAAGAUAAGCACCUUGUUGAUCAGCGGGAGGAAGGUGAUGCAGAUGGACCUGAAGGUGGAAAUAACGUUAUAAGGAGGAAUGCUGUAAGAAACAGACAAAAACUGUGGAAAACCCGUGUUUUGCCGUAUAGAAUAUCUCCAGCUCUGUGUGAGUCUUAAAGUGGCUGUGUAUUGUUUUCCUGAUAACCAACUAACUAUAUUAUAUCAGAAUGUUCCAAAAUCAACUUCCAACUUUGCAAUCGCACAAUUUUCACACGAGUUGACCUGAGGAUUAAACUUUGGAAUGAUGGGAAUUGCAGGAUGAUAGCUUGGUACGAGGUGGCUCUUGUUAAUUUUAACUUCCUACUUUUUAGACCGCGUCAAGAGCGUCAUCAUGGCAGCCAUUAAAGAGUUCCAUCGACACACUUGUUUACGCUUCAGGCGGAGAAGGAAAGAACCGCACUGGAUCUAUUUCGUGAAACGGCCUGGGUAAGACAAGGGAACAAAAAUUGUGAUUUUUAUAUCACUCAUAACUAUUUUAAAAGGUCUCAAUACUUGCAGUCGAGUCAUUUGCAAUCAUGUUAAUUCGAUAUAGCGAUCUUGUAAUUAUUUCACUUGAUCUCAUUGGUGUUUUGCUUCCAGUGAAGUUACUUAGUCAGCGGUUUUCCCGCAAAGGUUGGUAGGUAUGUGAUUAUUACCGCUCUCCUUCAACACCUACGGUGCCAUUCCUACCACACGAAUUCCCUUACCACCACACCAUCUACAUUGCCGCAAUCAUUCUGGCCAGGCCACUACGAUACUUUAAAAUCCCGCCGAUAAUUGUUAACACUUGCCGUUGAAGUAGCAGUUAUAAAUUCUGACAAUACUACAUACCUCCUCAUAUAUCGAGGUUUUGAACUGAGAAUUUUUUUUCGAAUCUCCCGAUAUCUUGGCACCCUUAUAAAGGUUAAGUCUUGUACUAGUACUAAGUUGUAAAUCGCUUACGUUAAUAAAAACUUUAAACCAAAAUCAUUUAAUAAAAAAUGAUGUUUUUUUCAUUUUGUGCUGAAACAAAUUCUGUAAAUCGAGGUUAUUUCAGAUAUAAGCAAUAACUUAUUUACCGACGUGUCGGUGGCCUAAUAGCAGACAUUUAACGAGCUGCGAAGCAGCUUGGCAAAAUAUUCACUAAUAGCCACGACACUAGAGGCAAAAAGCUGUUUUUAGUACCACACACUAAAUCCAGUGAAUAAUAUGGCACAAAAAAUGAUUUUAUCUAAUUUAUUUCUGUACGUGCGGCAGCAUGAAACUCACGAAAGUUUUACUCAAGAGUAAAUAGCAAAAGAUAUUCAGAGUUUGAGUAGCCAGUCGAAGACACACCUUCAACGCUGUCCACUGCUUUGGUAUAUACUAAUGACCUUUAACUUGUCCAGAAACCUUGUCGAAAACCAUUGCAUUAAUUCUUGACAUGGUUUCAUCCGUUUCAGAGUUUUUGAAUAAAAUGACUGCGACGAACAAGCGAAGGAAGCAAGAUGCACUUGCGGUAAAACAAGAAAAAUAGUCAGUUUCAGAUAUUUUCUGUGUUUGCGGUAAAUGCCCGUGCCACAAAGUGAACCACUCUUGUACCCACUCCGUGUAGAUGUUAACAACUGCAAGAAAAUACGAUGCACAAUUCAAUGAUAUUUGUGAAGGUAAAAAAAGGAAGUCACGAAGAGGCUAGCAGGUGCGAGUUGGACAAAAGAGCAAAAGGGACGGAGGGACCAAAUGCAAUCCUGAAGUCAUUAAUCAGGAACACAGUCUCCGCAAGUCGAAGUGUCCGUGUGUAGGGGUGGCAUAGGAUGCACCGGAAGUCUGCAGAUGCUUUAAUUGUGGAAACAUUGUUCAAGCUCGAGCUGACCCUGGAAAAUCCCAAAAACGAAAGAAGCGAAAUGGGGCGACCAUCUCUCCAUAAAGAGGAAAAAAAGGGAUCAAAGUUCGCAAUCUCAAAAUGCAGGAUUUAAUUGUGGACCAUGGAGAAACAUUGGGAAACGCUGUUUGAUGGUUUGCCGGGACGUGAUGAUGCGGGGUCAAGGGACUUUCCAUAAAUUCAAAAUUGCGUGAUUUGCUUGUAUGGGGAUUUCGUGGCUAAGUCUCCUGGACCCAUAAAUGUCUUUAAACAUAGCUGCAAAGUUCAACUUCAAAUUACGGCUAAAAUAAAAGCGCAUCUAGAACAUUGAUUUGUAAAUACACUAGAGUAGAGCUAUCCUGUCCAGUGAAAGUUUGAAAACUUCCACUACUGCUUUAAUUCCCUUUCUGUAAUCAAGAUGUUCUUCAAAAAGUUAAAAAGUGAUUUCUUAUUCACACUGUGUAGGCCACAGAGAAAUUACUAAGCAAAUACAGCUUUGUGUGUCAAAACUGAGGUGAUUACCUAGAUUUUAUUUACACUAUUUUUGUUCUUUGUAUCUUGUUAUUAUAACAAAGAUUCACGGUGUGCAUUUCAUAUGUUUAUGUUGGAAAGGGAUGUGACUAAUCGUACGCGAACUCGUUCAUAUUGGGAUUACUGCAAGAAUAAAUUACAACUUGUUUUUAUUGUUUAACUGACCACCAAUAGUUUUUUAAUUACUCAUAUACCAAAUGAUAGUUCUGCAUUCCCUCAUUGAUUGCAUUCUCUCUUUCACUCUUUUGUGCAAGUGUAUUUAUCAAAGAAAUAAACCGUGAUAAAGGCAAUUUAUGAAAAUCAGUAAUAGGAACGAAUAAAGGGUACUCCUGUGUGGUUCUGAUCAGGAAUUUCCUAUCAAACGCCAUAGCCAUUAGUCAAACGCCCCCAGCUUAUAAUUUUUUAUCAGCCAAUUCUCCCCCGCGUAUAGAUGAGGCUGACAACUUUAAAAUACGCUAUUGUAUAAACUGAGUUUUGAUGCAAUGCAUUUUACAGCUGUUGGUCGUCCGUGGGUCAGAAGGUCUCCAUCCCAGGUCCCCAGCUUCUUUCCAUCGGUCCCGGAUGUGAUAAGAAAGGAAUCAUAAUGCAUGAGCUUAUGCACGCUGCUGGCUUUUGGCAUGAACAAUCACGCACGGAUCGUAACAAGUACGUGGAGAUACUAUGGGAGAAUGUCGCCAAAGGUAUAUGCUCUGACUCGUUGGCGAGUUCUCUGAGGUCAGACGUCUGCGCAAGUGCAAAUAUCGAAACGUGUAAUUGUCUUAAGGGGUGGCCCGACAAUGGUUGAUGAACAGGACUCGUGCUAUCAAAUAAACACUGUGUUCGAAAAGUCUCGAGUUUUUGUCCUCCCUACAUUUGUUUCCUUGUAGAAAUUUUCCUUUCUAUCGUAAAUUUUUUGCGAGGGAGCUGUUUUCAUCCUUUUUAAAAUUUUGCAUCAGAAGUUGGCGCGCCACUGACCAAAAUUUGCGUAUGCGUCAUGUUUGACCGCUAUCGUGUUCUCAUUGGCUCACCUGGUUGAGCAUCCAACCGCGACAGGGAAUUCGAAUGUUUCCGGGGGGAGGGGAGAGAGUUCAUCUUGGUCUUAUGAUUGUUACAAUAUUUAAGAUCUCUCUUAAAUGAGACUGAUCACGGCAUAUUGCAAUUCCUGAGUUUUAAUUGGUUUACCGCAGAAGGCAUCUGAGCUCAUAUACCAUAGACCAAGAAUAUGAUAGUUGCGAGUUUUACUUUCCAUCUCAAUAUCACAGGUCAGGCCCAUAAUUUUAACAAGUACCCGCAUGGCAAGUUGGACUUCCUGGGUGCUAUGUACGACUUCCAGAGCCUGAUGCAUUAUGGGAGUCACGCAUUCUCCAAGAAUGGAAAACAGACUUUAAAACCUAUCAAACAUUCCGGAUCGAAACUCGGCCAAAGGAAAGGUUUCAGUAAAACCGACAUACAGCAGUUGAAUGCGCUGUACGACUGUAAAAGUAAGUGUCAAUUGAGUGUUUUUAUCAAACGGGAUUGCAUCAGUUUUACCAUUGAGCUUUUCGAUUGAGUGUUGUAAAUGUAGAACUAAAGUAAUCACAACAGCCAAUCAGAAGAAAGUAAAAUACCUCAAUGAGCCAAUGAAAACUCAAAGUUAAAACAAGCCAACCACACAGAGCGCGAGAAAACGCUGACCAUCAAGUCGUGAUUGUCCAGUUGUACAUCUGACUGGUUAAGAGAGUGGUGCGAGUUUUCUGGAACAAAUACAGAGCGAAGUAAAGCAAAACCAAUGCUGUCCUGGAUUACUUUCGAUACUUGAACGAAAACUGCUCUAGUAAGAAUUAAGAAAAUGAUCACCGACUAAAUUCUCCUGGUCAACACUUGAGGAAAUGUAUAGAGAACAAUAUGGAUAAUAUGCAUACUGAUGUUAGGAUAGAAAAGGUUACUCCAGGCUGUGUGUCUUCCCUCCUGUCUCUAUUUCACUAGUUCAUGCAUUAUUUCACUCCUCUGUUAUUUAGUUAACUAAUAAAUCAAUUAAAUCAUUUAUUUAUGUAUUCAUUUAUUUAUUUAUUUAUCUGUCUUAAAAACUCGAAUAGGUGAAAGCUCCAAGGCGUGGAGUUCUUGGACAAAGUUUGGUCCGUGUAAUGACAAAUGUCAGAAGGUUCGUCAGAGAUUCUGCAUGACAGGUGAUCGAAUACGCUGCCCUGGGGCGGGCGCUUACGGAAUUCAAAAGCAGCCAAGGACAUGCUCGCUAAACGAGUGUUAUGGUACGUAUGAUAAGCAAGGCAGAUAACCACAGGCUAGGGCUGUCAUCGUUUUCCACGCUCAUAAGGUGCUUAAAACGCCUCAUACGCGCCUCCCCCCUGAGAAUACGGGAAACCUAUAUUCAUAGAAAAAGCUUUGAUGCCGGAUACUGUUUACAUGUCAUCGCGUUUUGAUUUUCAGCUCCCGUUCAUGGCCACUGGGGCCGCUGGAGCUCUUGGUCUUCCUGUGGUCGAGCUUGUGGGCCUGGCCUUCGCGCCAGAAGGAGGCUGUGUGACGAUCCACGUCCGAGGUAUGGUGGGAAAAGAUGUAAUGGAAGCAGCCUUCAAACUGAACGAUGCACGAGACGCGAAUGUUGA